AGUAGUCAAUUUGCUUCUUUUGUUUCUCAGGAAAUGUAUAAGGCGGCGAAACGUGUUUGUGUGAUUGGUGCAGGACCCAGUGGAAUGUCCGCUUUAUAUCAAUUUAAGCAAUUGGAAAUGAAGGGACAGGAAAUUCCAGAGAUUGUGUGCUUUGAUAAACAGUCUGAUUGGGGUGGUCUUUGGAAAUACUCUUGGCAAACAGGUGAGAAGCUCGUUGUUGUCCUUUUUUUUUCUUCUUGUUUUCAUAUCCUGAUAACGAAACAGACAACAACACGUUGCUAUUGGUUACCUGGACGUCACGUGACAAGUUACAAUAAAACCUUUCGGUCGCCACGAAAUGUUUACGUCUAUAACCCACAAUACACCAGGGCCCAGUUGUUCGAAGACAGAUUACCGCUUAACCCGGGGUUAAAUUUAACCCGAGUUUCACUCUCUUGUGUUCAAAAGCAUUUUCGCGGAUAAUUUUCUGUGCUAUUUUUAGAGCUUCCAAUCUUCAGCUUGUAGACAAAAAGAAUUAAAACUGAAAUGCUUUUUACGCUUUCAAAUCUGCAUUUAAAUCUCACACUAACCCUGGGUUAUGUUAACCCAGCUUUGAACAACUCGGCCCAGAUAGCUCUUGCACCGGCACGAAAACCGUAUCGGAUAAGGAUAUGGCUUCGGUUCAUACAUAUGAAGACAGAACGGUUAUUUUGGCGCGAUUUCUGCAGCGAAGUGAAGCUGCGCCGCGUUUAUCUCAAAAUUGGAGUGUUGCAUAUGGGAUAGGUUCUGUGCUACACUUUGGUACAGUUUGAACAGGUAUUAACUGUAGUGCAUGAAAAGGAACGAGGACUUGAAACCACUGAGACGGCACGGAUAUUCAGUCAUUCUCGGUUUCCCAGGGAAAGUCAUUCGGGUCGGGAAAACUGGAGGUGGUGGAUGUUUUCAAGAACGGGCGAGAGAGCCUCUGGGAUGCUACUCUUAACAAACCAGUUCCACAACUCAUUCGAAUACUUGUCUCUGAUUGGGCUCAAAAAAUAUUUUUGUGCUCAAUCGGAGGCCAGCAUCCAUCGCGCUGCUUUCGUGAUCUUCUUAUACGAAGCCUCCUUUUUUCGAGGAAGUGGCCCCAAUAAACUUUCCGCUCUUUAUCUACAGAUCAUAGGAAAAAACUAUCGCUUUAGUAAAAAGUUUCAUAGUAUCCAUUUAAAACAGGACAACAUUACAGAGUGCGUGAUACAUUUGGUAAGGAUUUCUAAAUCUUGCGUCUCUUAAAAGUUACAGGGAAAGAGUUUACGACAGUGGAUCAUGGCGUCGUCGAGUCAAUCUUUCAAUGGUGUCUCCUGAUUUGGUUGACAGUCUAUUCACCUUGUAAAUUAGCAAUUUUAUCAUUUAGCUCCUAAUUUUCUUCCUCUGAUUGUUUUGUUGAUAUCGCGAAAGGACUCUAUACAACGAUGUUUUCAAUAGCUUGAGAAAACAGUGGACAGUUUGCGACGCAACCACUGGUUUUCCCGCGAAAUGACGUCUGAGGAACGAGCGCAGAAAUUCCAUACUGAUGACGAGUCACUCACCAGAUCAGGGCAAUACUUCUGAUUGGUAACUUGCUUCAACCUGAAUCAAAUGCACCAUGGGUAGUGAUACGUCAUCAGGGAAGAAGUUUUUGCGCUCGUUUCUCGGACGACAUUUCUCGAGGAAACCAGUACUGGCGUCGGGAAAUGUGCUUCUCGCAGACCAGUAGUUGACCAGCAUAAUCCCUAACAGAACAGAACUACGUACCACAUAUACCUAAGAAUUCUUAGGUUACUUCUGUUAUGGAAUAACCAUCGACUGACUUCGCUUACAGGCACUGAUGAAUACGGGGAACCUGUGCAUGGAAGUAUGUAUCAAGGACUUUGGACAAAUGGACCCAAGGAAGCUUAUGAACUUCCAGAUUACACCUGGAAAGAGCAUUUUGGAAAACCUGUUCCAUCGUACCCACCUAGGGAAAUUAUUUACGAUUAUCUGCAAAGUAAGUAUCUGAUUGUUUGAAAGUCAAUUCUGGUUUAGCGGAUGUCAGCAAGUGACAUGAAUGGGCGAAACUAUUUAGGUAAAAAAUGAUGGUACCUAUAGCUAAUCUCAUACCCAGAUCUCCUUGGCCGUGGGAGAUGAAGUAUUUCCCCUUUUAAUAUGCCUUGACGCUAACAAAUUUGUAUUCUUAAGAAGUGCCUUUCUUCUCACAGAGAUGGUUUGCCUCAAAAUUUGAUCAAAAUCACGCCCCAAAAUUGCAAAAAGGCCAGCGCAACGCACCGGUAACGCGGAGGUCACGGGUUCGAAUCCCGUUGAAGCUCUGAUUUGUUUCAGGCUUCUUCUUUCCAAUUGCUCAAAUUAGAAAUAAUUUACUGCGAUGAUCAUUCUUCACUUUCAUCUACAACCGCAGUUCAAAAAUGAAUUAUUUCAUAUAUACUUCACAUCAAGGUCACUUCCUGUUGACGUUCGUCGCUCAAAAACGUCGUUGCUUUAGCUCCCUAUUUCGCCAGAAAACCGGUGGUGGCUUCGCCAAAUGUCGACGGUUGUCUCAGACUAUAGUACUUACAGCCCAUAAAUCAACGUUUGUUGCAGCUGCCAACAAUUACGAAUAAGAAACUUUAAUUCGAAAGCCUUCCAGGACAAACUAUAAACAAUCGUUGCUCCUGUAUGACUUCUUUUGGGCAUCCAUCACUCUUCGCAUGAAAACAAAUGCAAACUGAGUGGCAGGACAAGAAAGUAGCCUGUUCCAUCGUUUACCACCGGUGCUAAAAGAGCGGGGGAAUGGAUACAAGUGCUAAGAAUCGAUUGAAUCAAGUAAUUAAGUUUUUCUUCCGGAGGGGACAUGUAAACAUUGUUACAUACCUGUAGUACGCUUUUGAAAUUCUUUAAUAUGGCUUUUUGAGCGAGCCUUUCAAACAUGCUCAAAUUUUGUAUUUUGAGGGAAGACUGCAUCAAUGGGGGUUCCUGGGUAAAUGACAACCUACCCUUCCCUUAAGUCACAAUUUUGCCCUGAGUGAGAGGUAGGUGGUCGGUUUCCGGGGAAACGGUAAUUCGGGAAGACUUUAUGCAAUCGCGUUAUGCUCCAUGUAUGCUCCGUAAAUUACGUCUGCAACGCAGGCUAAAAUUGCGACAGCAAGCUCCUUUCUACAAACUACGAGGUUUAUCGACCCCUUUCGCGGAUCUAGGAUUUAUUAGAAGGGGAUUAAGGUGGCUCCGUGAUUAACACAAGAGCAUUUAGCUGUGACAAAUUUUCCGUCAUAACUUUUUCGAUUUUAACGCGAUGGCUGCCAAACAUUGCAAUUAACAACAGAUAUCAUUCGGCAAUAAUACGAAAUAUUCCGAUUUCAUUGAUGGUAAAUAUUUCUUGAGAAAUUAGCGCUUAAAAGGACCCUACUGUUCAAAGAAAAUCGCGUCUAGUAAAAAAUUUUGCUGAUAUUUUUUACUGAAAUUUCUGGUAUCGGCUUCAAUUGAUAUAAUAAAUAUGCCAGAGGAAUUUCAGAAAAAUCGUUGGAGCAGAAGUCCGUAACUAAAAGUCGGUCAAAAUUCAGCUGUGAAAUUGUUUUGGAAUUUCAAAAAUAAAUUACUAUCAGGAAGAAGGAGACACCAGUUUCAAUUUUCGGGACAAGCAACUUCAGUGUGUUUGCUAAUUCUGAAAACAGAAGCCGAUUGCCUAUCGUGCUAUUCUUUAGAAGGUACUUUUCAGUUUUAGAAGCACUAUAAAUUGCUCCAAACUUUGCUCUGACAUCGAAUGACUUGUUCCUCGACGUUUUUAAAAUAUCCCUUGGCAGUUUUGGUUCAAACUCCUGCUACAUACAUUUUGAUGUAUUGCAAAGCAUCCCCAACGGCUUUUCCUGCUUUACGUUGUUUCCAAUUCAGGAAAAAGGUAUUGGGAUUGUAAGCUACCUAGUAUCGAAGCUCAGAUAGAACUGUCCAGCACCUUUGUUUAUGACCAGAAAAUGAGCACGAGCGGCAGCUCUGCGAGGAAUUCGCACCACAGCCAGGGGGGACGAGUGACAAUGAUGCCCAUGUCUGUGAACCGAUCUGUAUAAACAUGUAUUGCAGAGCAAAACAUAAUAAUCAAGAAAAAAAUACCCAUUCAUUGAAGGAAGGAGUGACAAAAAUUUCAGAGUUGUAAAUUUAUUCACGGGCAGUAUUUUUGCGAUAAUUUUAUUCUGCACUGUGAUGUUAUUUGGUUCACAAUCAUGGUCAUCAUUGUCGUUCGUCCCCCCUGGGUGAGGUGCGAAUUCCACGCAGAACUGUCGCUCGUGCUCAUUUUGUAGUCAUAAACAAAGGUGCUGGACAGUUCUUUCUGAGCUCUGAUACGAGGUAGCGUCCAAUCUCAAUACUUUUUUCCUGAGUUGGAGGCAACGAACGGCAGUAAAAGUCGUUGAAAAUGCAUGGCAAUACAUCAAAAUGUAUGCAGCAGGAGUUUGAGCCAAAACUGCCAAGGGAUAUUUUAAAACUGUCGAGGAACAAGUCAUUCUACUUCAGAGCAAGGUUUGGGGCAAUUUAUUGUUCUUCUAAAACUAAAAAGUACCUUUCAAAGAAUAGCACGAUAGGCAAUCGGCUUCUGUUUUAAGAAUUAGCAAGCGUUGAAUUUAAAAAUUUUUGAAAAUUCAAACUGGUGGCUCCUUCUACCUGAUAGUAAUUUAUUUUUGAAAUUCCAAAACAAUUUCACAGCUGAAUUUUGACCGACUUUUAGUUACGGACUUCUCUUCCAACGAUUUUUCUGAAAUUCCUCUGGCAUAUUUAUUAUAUCAAUUAAAGCCGAUACCAGAAAUUUCAGUAAAAAAUAUCAGCAAAAUUUUUUACUAGACGCGAUUUUCUUUGAACAGUAGGGUCCUUUUAAGCGCUAAUUUCUCAAGAAAUAUUUAUCAUCAGUGAAAUCGGAAUAUUUUGUGUUAUUGCCGAAUGAUAUCUGUUGUUGUUUGCCAAGUUUCGCAGCCAUCGCGUUAAAAACCAAAAAGUUAUGACGGAAAAUUUGUCACAGUUAAAUGCUCAUGUAUUAAUUACGGAGCCACCUUAAAAGAAGCUAACACCAAAGGGGGGAGUUUCUAAGGUGGGCUAAAAGUAUAAAAAUGAAGUUCUCAGCAUUCUUACAAACAACAAGCUUCAUUAAUUGUAAAAAUCCAGGUGAUUUUUAUGGCCUCAAAUCUUUCGUUACAAACUUUCACUUCCACAGGUCGUUGGUCUAAAAACGAUCUUCGCCCUUGGAUUCGCUUCAGUCAUGUUGUACGUCAAGUAACCUACAACGAUUCUACCAACGACUUCACUGUAGUCGUCAAAGAUCUUUCAGAAGACAAGGUCCUUCCGGCUGAGAGAUUUGACUACGUCAUUGUAGCAAGUGGGCACUUCUCUGUUCCAAAAAUGCCUUCCUUUCCUGGAAUUGACCAAUUUCCGGGUCGAGUUAUUCACUCACACAGCUUCAGAAAUGCCUCUCACUUCAAAGGCAAACGAGUUCUUGUCAUUGGUUCCAGCUACUCAGCAGAAGACAUCGCUCUCCAGUGUCUUAAGUACGGCGCUGAAAAUAUCAUCUGCUGUUGGCGAACUCGACCGAUGGGUUUCAAAUGGCCCCCGCGGAUAACAGAAAAACCAAUGCUGACCUUGAUAGAAGAAAGUACAGUCCACUUUAAGGAUGGUAGCACGGCAGAGGUUGAUGACAUCAUACUCUGCACAGGCUACCAUUACUCAUUGCCUUUUAUGGAAGAAAGCUUGCGCCUGAAGACCGACAAUAAUUUGUACCCUGAGGGACUCUACAAAUCGAUUCUCUGGACCAGAGGUGGAAAUAAUAAAGUUCUAUACAUAGGAAUGCAGGAUCAGUCCUACACCUUCCCUAUGUUUGAUGUACAAGCAAAGUGGGUGGUAAAUUACAUCAUGGGGGAACUAAAGCUUCCUGGCAAAGAAGAGAUGGAAACUGACAGCAGAAGCUGGAUAACAAGGUAA